AAAUUUCGCAAGCCGCGAUCAACUGAGCUGAGUAAUUUUGCGAAUAUAACAGUAGCGGGUGGGGUUCAUCCGAAUAGAGCUCGUACUGGCAGUGAUAGUCGUGUAAGUAAGCCUGCAUCAGUCACUAAACUACUGAAUCGAGACUCUGUGAUGCAUGCCGAAAAGAGGGGUGGCGUUGAUGCGAUUGUCUCGAAAAUUGUUGAUACGUUCACCGAUCAUUCAGCCAACGAGACCAAUUGUAGGUCUUUUCGUUCACUCUGA